AUGACGAGCUACCCGAAGCUACUCAGAGAGAGACUGAACUCCAAAGACAAAUCGAUGACCUGCAAGAGCGCCGAGAAGCUCAGCCAGCUCGAAUCGGGGAAUCUUACCCUCCGAGACGAGAAUCAAGCCCUUAACGCAGCGAGCCACAAGAAGCGUCGAUUCCGGACUCAGGUUCGCCCCAUACCGCCUCUGGAAACACCUAACUCCGGGACAGGCACGAAUCUCCCAACUGCGGCGCCGGGAGGAGAAGCAUCUACGCGAGAAAAGGGUAAGGACGCUCAGACUUAUGACGGGGAGGACAGCGACUCGGAGCCCGAGCCUGAUAAGGAAGCAUCAGACGGAGCAGCAAGAGCCGAGUCUCCCAUGAUCGCUCACCUUCACCAGAUAUUCUCCGAUAGGCUCGACACCAUGCAAUCCAUGGUGGAGAGACUCCCAGGGGUAGCUCCCCCCAUACGGAAGAGCAACCCCAAUUUCUACGCUGAUACUCCCUUCACGGAUGAGAUCACAUUGAUCGAGAUGCCCAAGAAGUUCUCUUUCCCUAGUAUAAAGGCGUAUAACGGGACCACUGAUCCGGACGACCACGUCGCCCAAUACAGACAGAGGAUGCUCGCUGUAGCACUCCCAAAAGGGGCACGCGAAGCCACCAUGUGCAAAGGUUUCGGCUCCACUCUGACCGGACCUGCUCUGCAAUGGUAUAUCAACUUACCCUCCAGGUCCAUAGCCUCCUUCGCAGUUCUCAGCGAUAAGUUUGUGGAACAAUUCGCCAGCAGUAGGGACCUGUAG